GAGACCCUGGGUUCAACUUCCAGUACCACAAAAAAGAGAACGGAAGAAAAGAGAAGCAGAAAGAAAAAGCAGUAAGUUUAGGAUCUCCUCUGGUUCUCUUAGGAUAGAAGCCCCAUUUGCCCGGAACGCAAAGGGAAGUGUUCAGGACGUUGUGCCUCCUCGGGAACAGCGGGUGGUGAGCGGGACGACGACAGAAAGCGAGCGGGUGCCAACAUCUCUCUGCGACCUUGUCACCUUCAGUCAAUGCGACCCCCGCAGGAAGGGCGAGAACAGUAACACUCAGCAGGACAGCUGGACGACAGGACAGCUGGACAACAGGGCAGCGCAGCGGAGGGAAUCUGUCUGACAACUGAUGACGCCACCGCCGGCGCGCUAGUGACGUCAGAAGAAGGCGCCGCACUUGAAGAGAGGGCGGGAGGCAGAGGCCAAGGCUGGAUCAUGGAGCUAGCGCAGGAAGCGCGGGAAUUGGGUCGCUGGGCGGCCGAAGAGAUGGGAGUUCCCGCAGUAGCCCGGGCCCCGGAGUCCACGCUGCGCAGGCUGUGUCUGGGCCAGGGAGCUGACAUCUGGGCCUACGUCUUGCAGCAUGUGCACAGUCAGAGGAAUGUCAAGAAGAUUCGGGGAAACCUGCUCUGGUAUGGCCACCAGGACAGUCCAGAGGUCCGCCGGAAGUUGGAGCUGGAAACCACUGUGUCACGCCUAAGGGCAGAGAUCCAAGAGUUAGACCAGAGCCUGGAGCUGAUGGAGCAAGAGAAUGAAACUCAGGACAUAGCAACAGAGCAGGCACUACAGAGCAUGCGAGACACCCAGCAUCGAGCUCUUCUCCUCCGGGCCCAAGCUGGGGCUGUGCGAAGACAGAAGCGAGGGCUCCGAGACCCCAUGCAGCGGCUACAGAAUCAGCUCAAGCGCCUGCAGGAAAUAGAGAGGAAAGCCAAAGUAGAUGUAACCCUUGGACCUCUGGCAUCAGCAUCCCUGGCCCUGGAGCCUGUGGUCCUGCGUGAUGUCCGAACAGCCUGUACCCUCCGGGCCCAGUUCCUGCAGAACCUCCUGAUGCCCCAGGCCAGGGGAGGCAGUGUCCAAAGCCCUCAUGAUGACCACUUUGGAACUUCUUACCAGCAGUGGCUUAGCUCAGUAGAGACACUGCUGACAAACCACCCCCCAGGCCACAUCCUGGCUGCCCUGGAGUACCUGGCUGCAGAGCGGGAGGCAGAGAUCCGGUCCCUGUGUGGUGGGGAUGGGCUCAGAGACACGGAGAAAUCCAGGCCCCCAGCCCUGGCCCCGGCCGACUUCAGCCAAGCCUUGCCAUCCAUGGUGCACCUUAUCCAGGAGGGCUGGCAGGCUGUGGGUGCACUGGUCACCCAGCGGGGAGCCCUUCUGAAGGAGCAUCGGAUCCUGACUGGCCGCUUCCAGGGCCUGAUGGAAGAGGUGGAAAGACAUAGCCUUGGACCCAGUGAGAGGAAGGUGCUAAUGCUGGGUCUUCGAGGCUGUGGCCUGAAGGCAGAGCUCAAAGCCCUGUGUGCCCAGCGCCAGGAGCUGGAGGAUGCAUCUGGACAUCGGCAGCUUCUUCUGCGGGAGCUACAGACGAAGCAGCAACGCAUUCUGCACUGGCGGCAGCGGGUGGGGGAGACCCAGGAACAGAUUCGCCUCCUCAUCAAGGGAAACUCAGCCAGUAAGACACGCCUGGGUCGGAGCCCCGGGGAGGUGCUGGCUCUGGUUAAACAAAAGGUGAUCCCCGCCUCUGAGGCGGUGGCACCACAGAGCCAAGAGCUGCUGAGCUGCCUGGAAGAGGGAGCCCGGCACCUGCCUCACAUUCUGCUGAGCACCCUGCUGCGGCACAGACCCGAAGGGUUGACGCCCCUGCCCACGAUCCUACCGUCCAUCCACCAGUUGCACCCCGCAUCCCCCAAGGGCUUCAACCUCAUAGCACUGAGCCACACACUGGGGCUGCCUGCGGGGAAGGGACCAGAGCUGCUCCUCCCGAAGGCUGCCUCUCUUCGCCAGGACCUUCUGUUCCUCCAGGACCAGCAGAGUCUCCGGUGCUGGGAUCUACUUCACAUGAAGACCAGUCUGCCUCCGGGACCACCCACACAGGAGCUGCUGCAGAUCCAGGCAUCCCAGGAAAAGGAGCAAAAGGAGAGCCUGGGGCAGGCUCUGAAGAGGCUGGAGAACGUGCUGCAACAGGCGCUGGAACGAAUCCCAGAACUCCAGGGGGUCGUGGGGGACUGGUGGGAGCAGCCAGGCCAAGCCGCCCUCUCCGAGGAGCUCUGCCAGGGCCUGUCCCUGCCACAGUGGCGCCUGCGCUGGGUCCAGGCACAGGGGGCUCUGCAGCACCUGUGCAGAUGAGGAAGAGGCUCAAUGUAGAGCCAAGAAUUUCACCCCAGCACCCCUCCUCCCCUACUAAAAUAGUCAAAAGAAAGCAUGGUCAGGAUAGGCAGCCUGUAGUCCCUGCACAUACCUGCAGUCCCCCUUGGGCCGUUCUGCUGCUCCCCUCUAUUCCUACCCUGCCCUUUCAUCCCACCACAGCCAAGAGAAUGGGGUAUCUGGGGGCACACUCCAUGCACCCCUUAAGGUUCCUGCAUCACUUUCACCCUCAGCAAAUUAACUGAGUGCCUUCUUUGGGCGCUGGGGAUACAGCACUGAACAAACUGGCCCUAAGUCCCUACCUUUAGGAAGUGAUGGGUGGGGGACAGUUGGUGAGGUAAGUAAGAUGCAGUUAUGUUGGAAGAAAACUGCUGUGAGGAAAUAAAGCAGGCAUAGGAGGUAUGGUUUUUAAACAGAGUACACUGUAAAGGGCCCGAGCAGAGCCACAUGAGUGUCAGGGAGGCUCCAGCACGCACUUGGGUGGUGAAAUGUACUGCUGUGAGGGCCACUGAGGAGCCCUGUAGAGGGGAAGGUGGGACGGGGUUAAGAGAAGAUUUUCUUAGAAUUUUUAGAGUUUUCGUAUUUUGACAUUUAAAUCUGGGCAUUUGGAAUUUAGCCUUGCAAACACAUUCAACGCUGUGUGAUUUCACAUCUAUCCCAGGAGCACUUAGUAACUUCUCAGGCAGCGCAGCAGUUGCUGCUGAAACGGGAGUGAGCGGCAGGGUUGAAAGGAGGAGAGAAGGAAGCUCUAGGGCAGUGGUGGUGAACCUGGCAUGCGUGCCGCAGGAGGCUGGUCAUAUCAUUGAAAGCUCUAAAAUGUUACGUCACUGCUCUAGAGUAAUGGAAGUAUAUAUCAGGAGCAGUAUGGGUUCCCCUGGUCUAGAGAUUGGUCAGAACUCACCUCUUGUGUAUGGGAGGAGGUGGGGUACUGGGGAUUGAAUCCAGAUCCUUCACAUUGAGCUACAUCCCCAGCCCUUUUUAAUUUUGAGACAGGGUCUUACUGAAUCACUAAGUUGCUUGGGCUAAGCUUGAACCAACAGUGUUCCUGGCUUAGCCUCCCCGAGUGCUGGGAUUACGGGCAUGUGCCAUACCUGCCUUCACUGUACCCUUAUGGCCUUGUGCAUUUCACUGUGUGGAUUAUUCUUCCAUUAUAAAGUAAAACUUUACCCACUGGUUUAAAAUAUCCCAUUUUCCUACACCAAAUGUCUGUGUUUAAUUAGACGGUCUUGCCAGAUGUGGUGGUGCACCUCUAUAAUGCCAUCACUUGAGGCUGAGGCAGGAUUGCCUUGAGUUCAAGGCCAGCCUAAACUACAGAGCAACAGCCUGUCUCAAAAAAAAAAAAGACUAUCCUAGUUCUUCCCAGACCCAGUGUAUAUGUAACUCUCCAUGUGCUGCUGCCACAGUGCUUUCAUUAUGAAGGUUUGUAACACAUGGUAACAUUGGAAACGGGAUUGCCCUGUGCCUUUAGUUUUUUAACCCAGCCUCUUGUUGCUAAUUUUUUUUUCUCCCAAGUGAAAACAAAACUACUUAACUGGCCUGGUUCCAAAAGAAAAAUAACCACUUUUAUUAGUUGCAUGAUACACUUACAAAUCAGGGAGAUUUGACAUCUCUGUGAUCUUGAUCCUUCCUUUCUACCUACCUCCUUACAUCUCUCGCCCUGCAGAGCCACCUCUCCUGGCUUUCCUCAUCCCUGGCUGCUAGUCCCGUCUUUAUACGUUUGCUGUCCUUUGCACAGUCCUUAGUGCCCCCUCCCACAGAUGGGUCCUGGCCCCCCCUCCAAACUGAGCCCCCCUUCCUAUCGGACUCUAAAUGUGAGCGCCCUCAGCCAUCCUCCCUGCUCAGUUUUUGUCCAUGACAAAUCUAACAUACAGGGUGCUCUUUAUCUUUUCACUCCCUUGAGUAGAAUGUGAGGUCUAUGAAGUUGAACCCUUUUAUAAACUGUAAGUAGGGAAAACUUGCCUAGAUAUGACUCAAAGUCCAGAUGUAAUAAGGGGAAAUACUGACAGAAUUGUCUACAUGAAAGUAAACCUAAAGGAAAAGACAAAAAAAAAAAAUAAGCCCUUGCAUGGAAAAAAGAAAAUGGAAAGAAACCACAAGUUUGACAAAAAUAUUUGCAACUUAUACCAUAAAUAUGUGUGCAUGUGUGUGUUUCUACGUAUCUGUGUGAAUUCAAACUGGGAAAGAAAUAUUCUAAAGCCACAGAAGAACAGGAAAAAUACACAAAUAGACAACUUUCAGAAAAGAUGUUCCAAGACUCAAAAGCCACUAUUUUCCUUCCAUUAAGUGACAGAUACAGAUAAUAACCAUCAAGUCAAGGGUUGCCAAAGCUUUUAGCUGGUCAGUCAACCUCAUCAAAGGAGGAAGAAGCAUAAUGUCUUGUGUUCCUGAUGGGAUACAAUGAGAUACAAUAUGACAGCUCUACCUAUGAAGUAGUCACCAUCCCCAUUCCUAUAUCUGAGAGUUCCUCAUCUAAACACAUCCAUCAAGGGGCUGGGGAUAUAGCUCAGUGGCAUAAGUGCCUGCCUGGCAAGCACAAGGUCAUGAGUUUGAUCCCCAGUACCGCAAAAAAAUAAAAAUAAAAAUAAUAAACACAUCCAUCAAGUUAAUAACCAACCAGAGAUUGAAAAUAUUUGAAAAAUAAAUUUCAUCCUUACUAAACACA